AUGAGUAAAGGAAAAACACGUCAAUUUAAGGGUGUUGGAAAGAUUGAAAUUGAUAAAGAAAAUAUUGAAUUUGUUGGUCCAUCAGAAAGACCUGGUAAAGUAUGUGAUAUUCAAUUUACUAUGUUUAGUCAAGAAGAAAUGAAUCGAGAAAGUGAAUUUGAAGUUACUGAACAUUUUUUGUUUCAACCAAAUACAAGAAAACCAAAUCCUAAUGGUGUUCUUGAUAGAAGACUAGGUGUUUGUGAUUCAUUAAGUGUUUGUGAAACAUGUGGUAAAAGGAUAGAAGAAUGUAGUGGACAUUUUGCUGUAAUUAAUUUAGAAUUACCAGUAUUUCAUAUUGGAUUCUUUAGACCAAUUAUUCAAGUAUUACAAUGUGUUUGUAAAAAUUGUAAUAGAAUUCUUUUAACUAAUGAAGAACGUGAUUUCUAUUUAAGAAGAAUGAGAAAUAAAAAAACAGAUACUGUUGCACGUACUUAUCUUGUAAGAGCAUUAAUUGCACAAUGUAGAAAACAUUAUAAUAGUUGUCCUCAUUGUAAUGCUAUUAAUGGAAGUAUUAAAAAAUAUGGUAAUUUAAGACUUGUUCAUGAUAAAUAUCAUAGAGAUCCUACUAUUACUGAAAUGAAUGAAUUUUAUGAUGGAUUUGAAGAAUCAAUUAAACUUGAUAAAGAUAUUAAUGCAUUUAUUAAUAAUGCACAAGAAGACCUUGAUCCAAGAAAAGUUCUUUCAAUAUUCAGAAGUCUUAUAAGAGAAGAUAUAGAAACAAUGGACUUUGACCCAGAUAAUGCACCACCAGAGAAUAUGAUUUUAACUUCUGUUCCUGUUCCUCCUAUUGCUAUUAGACCAUCUGUUGCUAUGGAUGGUGGAAAUGCUUCAAAUGAAGAUGACUUAACAACACAAUUAAAAGAAAUUAUGGAAUGUAAUGAUAGAAUUAAAGAAAUGAUUAAGAGAGGAGCUUCACCAUAUCAAUAUUAUGAUUCAUGGGAUCAAUUAACAGUUGCAGUAUCAAUGUUUAUUAACUCUGAAUUACCAGGUUGUGAUGAUAAAGGAAAACCAUUAAGAGCAAUAUGUCAAAGAUUAAAAGGAAAACAUGGUAGAUUUAGAGGAAAUUUGUUGGGUAAAAGGGUUGACUUUUCUGGAAGAACAGUUAUUUCCCCUGAUCCUAACUUGGACAUAGAACAAAUUGGAGUUCCUAAAUUAAUGGCAGUAAAAUUAACAUAUCCAGAAAGAGUAACUAAACAUAAUAUUGAUAAAUUAAGACAAUUAGUCAUUAAUGGGUCUAAUAAUUAUCCAGGAUGUAAUAGUAUUAUUGGUGGUUCUGAUGGACUAAGAAGAUCUAUGUGUAUUAAAUUAGAAAUGAGAGAAAAGUUUGCUAAAGAUUUAAAAAUUGGUGAUAUUGUUGAAAGACAUUUAGAAGAUAAUGAUAUUGUAUUAUUCAACAGACAACCUUCAUUGCAUAGAAUUAGUAUUAUGUGUCAUAGAGCAAAAAUUCUUCCAUGGAGAACUUUACGUUUUAAUGAAUGUGUAUGUACUCCAUAUAAUGCAGAUUUUGAUGGAGAUGAAAUGAAUUUACAUGUGCCACAAACAGAAGAAGCAAGAGCUGAAUGUUUAAUGUUAAUGCAUUCAGCAAAGAAUCUUCAAACACCAAGAACUGGUCAAAUGAUUAUUGCAGAAACACAAGAUUUUCUUACUACAUCAUAUCUUCUUACAAGUAAAGAUUUUGUUAUUGAAGAAGAAGAUAUGAUGCAAUGGGCAUGUUGGUUCCAUAAUGCAGGAACAGAAAUUGAUCUUCCAACACCAGCAUAUUUAAAACCAAAAAAAUUAUGGACUGGAAAACAAUUGUAUGGGUUAGCAUUAAAACCAAAUAAACAUGAAGGAGUUAAUAUUUCAUUAGAUGUACCAAGUAAAUUGUAUAGUAAAGAAGGAAAAUGGAUGUGUGUUAAAGAUGGAUGGAUUUGUUUUAAGAAUAGUCAAUUAUUAAGUGGUCAAAUAGAAAAAUCAAUUAUUGGGUCUGGUAAUAAAACUGGAUUAUUCCAUUUAAUUUUAAGAGACUAUGGAACAUUAGAAAGUGCUAAAAUUAUGGCACAUAUCUCAAGAUUUUGUGCAAGGUUUCUUGGAGAUUAUGGAUUUUCUAUUGGAAUAUCAGAUGUUACACCAUCUGCAGAUUUAACUCAAAUGAAAGAAGAAUUAGUAAGUGAAGGAUAUAAAAAAUGUGAUCAAUUUAUUGAAGAUUACAAAAGUGGUAAACAAGAAGUUCAAGCUGGUUCAACACCAGAACAAACAUUAGAGGCAUUACUAAAUAAUGAAUUAUCUCAAAUCAGAGAAAGAGCUGGUAAAAGAUGUAUUGAAGAAUUAAAAUCUGAUAACUCUCCAUUAGUUAUGGCAUUGUCUGGAAGUAAAGGGUCUGUUAUUAAUAUCUCUCAAAUGAUUGCAUGUGUUGGACAACAAACAGUGAAUGGUGGAAGAGUUUCCGAUGGUUUUAUUUCACGUUCUUUACCUCAUUUUGCAUUACAUUCAAGAACCCCACAGGCAAAAGGAUUUGUAAAAAAUUCAUUCUUUACAGGAUUAAAUGCUACAGAAUUUUUCUUCCAUACUAUGGGUGGUAGAGAAGGAUUAGUAGAUUCUGCUGUAAAGACUGCAGAAACUGGUUAUAUGCAAAGAAGAUUAAUGAAAGCAUUAGAAGAUUUACAUGUUCAUUAUGAUGGAACAGUUAGAAGUGCAUCAUUAACAGUUAUUGAAUUUAAGUAUGGAGAUGAUGGAUUAGAUCCAUUAAAAGUAGAAAGUGAUAAAUAUCCAAUUAAUUUGGAAUCUGUUUUAUCUAAUUUACAACAAAACCAAAAACCAGAUGAUGAAUAUAUUACACCAGAAAGUUUUGAUAAAGAAUAUAAUGCAAUAAUUAGUCAAACAAAAAUUGUUUCAGAAUUAUGGAAACAACAAAUAGAAACAUUUUUAAAAGAGAAAAAAGAAGAAAUGACAGAGAUUUAUAAUCAUUAUAACCAAGAAAAUGCUCAACAUGGAUUAUGUGGAAUUACUAUCCAAACAUUAAAAGAUUUUAUUUCUAUUUGUCACGAAAAAGGUCUCAGAAGUGUUUGUGAAGCUGGCACACCUGUUGGUGCAUUGGCUGGACAAUCUAUGGGUGAACCAUCAACACAAAUGGUGUUAAAGACAUUCCACUUUGCAGGUGUAGCGUCAAUGAAUAUUGCUCUUGGUGUACCACGUAUUAAAGAAAUUAUUAAUGCAAGUAAAAAAAUUCAAACACCAAUUGUUACUGCCAAAUUAGUUAAUUCACAAGAUGUAACAUCAGCAAGAAUUGUUAAAGGAAGGAUUGAAGCUACUCGAUUAAAAGAAAUUGCUAAAUCAGUUAAAAUUGUAUUUAAACCAGCUGAAGCAUAUAUAUCAGUAAAAUUAGACUUUGAAACAAUUAAACAAUUAGAAUUAGAAUGUACUAUUGAAAAAGUUCAAGAUGUGUUAUUAAAUUAUCGUGGGUUAAAAUUAAAAGAUAACCAAGUUAUUAUAAGAAAUAAACAAAAGUUAAGAGUUUAUGUAGAUAAAUCAAGUACUUCAUUGUUAUUUGCAUUGAAUUCAUUAAGAAAUCAAUUAUUAGAAGUUAUUGUUUGUGGAAUUGAAAAUACUGGUAGAGCUGUUAUUAAUAAAAAUAAAGGUUCAUUUGAAUUAUUAGUUGAAGGAAGUGAAUUAUUAAAAGUAAUGGGUACUCCGGGAGUAAUUGGAGAAGAAACUACAUCUAACCAUAUUGCUGUUGUAGAAAAAGUACUUGGUAUUGAAGCUGCUAGAAGUACUAUUAUUUCAGAAAUUAAAAAUGUUAUGGAUGCAUAUGGUUUAUCUAUUGAUGUAAGACAUUUGUUAUUAUUGUCUGAUUUAAUGACAUUUAAAGGAGUUAUAUUAGGAAUUACAAGAUAUGGUAUUUCUAAAAUGAAAGAUUCUGUAUUUACUUUUGCUUCAUUUGAACGUACAAAUGAUCAUUUGUUUGAUGCUGCUGUUCAUUCUAGAAAGGAUGAAAUUAAAGGGGUUUCUGAAAGUAUUAUUGUUGGUAAUCAAGUAGGUCUUGGAACUGGAUUAAUGCAGAUCCUCUAUGACCCACCAAAACCAAUUUUCUUACAAAGGAAAUAUGACCCACUUUUUUAA